UGUUUGGGUCACUGUGUGAACAGAAUGGCCACAGUUCAGAGAUGCACCAGAAGGAAUAUGGCUGGCUCUCCUCCUGCUUUACCGGGCUUCGGGAGCUCAGGAAAGAGUUUUCUUAUUGAGAAUCUACUGCAGUCACAGGCAUCUUCAGCCCAUUCAGAGGCGACAGCAGGUGGACACCAGAGACAAGAAGCAUGUGACCAUCCAAGGAGAAUGUGGAGCCCUGAGCAUGGAGCCUACCAAAGCCAGGCCCAGAGUCCCCAGCAAGUGAAAGACUUCGGAAGAUCACUAUUACCGCACUCAGGUGUGCUGAGCAGCUUUUUUCUGCAGAGCCCACAGUAUCUACUGGCAUGCUGCGGUGGGUCCAGCCCUCCUCCUGCCUUCUCCAAAGGAGCAAAUAUUCGAAUGUGGUCAGCUGAUAUUUGUCCUAAAUCGCGCAGAGGGAUCCUUAGGAGAGCUGUGUUCUCUGAAGAACAACGGAAAGAGCUAGAGAGAACUUUUCGAAGACAGAAAUACAUCAGCAAGACAGACAGGAACAAACUGGCAGCUGAUCUUAGUCUCAAGGAGUCACAGGUGAAGAUCUGGUUCCAGAACCGCCGAAUGAAGUGGAGAAACCAUAAGGAGAAGGAGACCGAUAACACUCGAUCUCCAAUGAAUGAGCUCAUGGCCCAUGGUCUCACUCAGAAAGAUGAAAAACCAUCACAGAAUGACAGUGCUAAAGCAGUGAAAUCGUCACCACAGAGGAGUGUCAGAGACACAUGAUGGGAUGAGUGGAAUCUAACUGGGGGACAUUCUAACUUCCACAGAAGCCUCAAACAAGGCUACAGUAAUGGGAGGUUGUUUAUAAAUACGUGGAUGGAAUACAGUGUGUGAGAGAACUAACACAGAUAAUAUUAACUUUUCUUUCAAUACAUGUAACUGUUUUGUUGCAGUUUAAAUGUAAUUACAGUAGGUUCGGCUGCUAGGUCAAUCAUCUUAUUGCGUUUCACUGGCCCCAGUAAGCAAUUUCAUGGUUAUUACACUGGAAAAUCCUUUUUGACGUUGAAGUUUCAUUUGGUUUAUUUUGUAAAUAAUUUUUCGUGAUCUUCAAUGGAACAGCUGUAAAUAAAGUGUUUCAAUGAAUCCUGA